UUGAGUUGGAGAAGAUAAUAAGCGAUACAAUCCUCAAGAAGAAGUAUCAGCAACAAGUAAUGGUGUUUGUGGUUGGCUUUGAGAGUAAUGCCACAACAAGGGUCAAGCUUCUCAGUCAAAUCAAUGAAUUUUUCAAUUCAUACUCAAACAACUUGGAAGAAGAUUUGAAUGUUCCCACUCAUGACUCAGAAUUAGAAGAUUUGUCUAUUAGAGUGCAGGAGGCCUUAGAAACAGCAGACACUGCAUCUAAACGGCUUCAAGAGAUAAACCAGGAGAUGGUACGUUACGUAGUGGCUAUGGGAGGCGGAAAAGCUGCAUCUAAGAGUAAGAAAAAAUUAGAAAAAGCACUCAUGCAAGCCAAGGAAGAUAUUAUGAGCCUGACGGACAAACUUCUCGGGGCCCAAACAGAAAUUGAGGACAAGGAAGAUCAGAUGACCAAGUUGUACCGGCAGAUUGACAUGAAAACGCUAGAAAUUGAACGAUUCAAACAUGCUGCUGAACUUGCUAAGAAAAAUCUAAGUGAAGUGGAUGUACUGAAAGAGCAAUUAGAAGAGAAAGAAAAUGAGAUACAGCAGUUGAACCGUCAAAUCUCAGACCUUCAGUUGUCAUUGCAACAAAUUGAACACACACGAGAGCAUACUAUUGCCAAAUUAAAAGCAACCAAUGAACAACAGGAGUCAAAUCACAAACUGGCAAUCAACAAACUAGAGAACAAAUUGUCCGGAUCACAAGUGGUGUUAGAAGACACACGCAGAGAUUUGCAGAAACAGCAUGAACUUGAAAUUGAUAAACUUAACAAGGAACAUGAUGAGGAGGUUCAAAGAAUUACACAGGAAUAUACAGACAAGAUAGACCAAAUGGAGGAGAGUGCUGUAAACAGAGUUCGAAACUGGGCUUCAGAUUCAGAAGAUGAUCAAGAAUCGCUAGGAAUGAGUAGGCAGUCUACUAGCUUAAGUAAAAGACGUGGUUCCAGCAAACUAAAUCAAGCGGACUCAAGUAUUCAAUCAUCAUCUAUAAAGAAGGUGGCUUUAAAUUCAUCAACGCCAUCAACACCAAAAGAGGGCUCAUCAAAAUCAUUAUCUAUAAAAGAUUUAGAAGGUAGUAAGUCCUCAACUCCAAAAAGGAGCAUACGUACCAAGUCUAACUUGGAGCCAGUACAUGAAGUACCAUUUGAGGAGAAGUUUGCAUUGGAAGAUGAACAGAAGUGGGCUCAGGUGCCUCCUGAGCAGUUACCAUCAGCAUUUAAACACUACAGAGGAGAGAGUUUAAUGGUAAUCCGUGGGCUGUCAAAUGAACUAAAAUUAGUGAAAGAUGAUCAUCACAACAGAGUCAAAGCGCUUAGGUCACAAAUGAUUGACAGGCAACAAAAAUGGGAUUCUGAACGACAAGUACUGACUGUACAGGUGGAGCAAGCUCAAAGACUUCAACAUGAGGCAGAGAAAGAAGCCGAUGGGGCUAUGGCUCAAUUAGAAGACAUUAUUAACGAGCAGGCAAAGCUUGUUGAACAUGCUGAGAAAGCAGAAGCAGGGGAAGUGACAAUGUCUGUCAAAGUUCCACCUACAUCAACAAUGGUUCAGACAGAUGAUAAUUACAUUGCAGAUGCAGACCAUAAGGUUGCCAUUAGCAACAAUGUAUCAGGUGAUAAUGAAUCAAUUCCUCAAUUGAAUUCCAGGGAAUUGACUGCAGUUGAAUCCAUUCCAGUUUCUAAUUUAGCCACGGGCAAUGCUUCUGAAUUCGGGAGUGAACGUCCAUUUUCUGCUGCCAGCCAAAGAUCAAUGUAUGAAAAAUACAAAUCUGAGAUGGAGCAACGUAAAGCAGAGAUAGUAGAGCGUAGAUCCAAGGCCACUUCCAUGCAUGGCUCUUUACUAAGUACUAAAAAUAGUCGGCCAACAACUUCCACAACGACCCUUAGCAAUGCAGGUGUUCCAUUCUCAGUUAAUGGAGAGGAAGGUGAAUUAACCAAAGUGGACAUGGCAACAUCUCCUUAUGCAUUUUCUACCAGUAGUAAACACUCAAAGUUAUCGUCUGCAGCAAAAGAAAAUCCUAUAAUAUCUCACUACCUGAAAACCUAUGAUUUUAUCAAUGAAUUCAAAGAAACCUUGACACAGUUGUUUGCAGACAAAGAGAUUAUGUCUGCAUCAGAGCAGUUGUCAGAUUUAAAAAUGAUUUCGUUUUCUGAAGAGAAAAGCAUUCAGAAUCAGAUCCAAGAAAUGACGUCAUACAGUCAUCAGUUUUUGAAAGAAGCAGCUUACAUCAUUAACACUGUAUUCCACUCAGGCUAUGAGCCUGCUGUAUCUUCUCUUUUGUCAAGAGGUGACACUCGUAAGUCAAUUUUACUAAAGUCAAAAUCGGCUAGCAUGGAUACUGAAAAAAGUUCAAUAAACAUGGAGAGAGAACCCAGCAUGGUAACCACCGGAGGCGACGACCAAUUCCAGCAGUUAUUGCUUAUGAAUGAACAAUUGAAGAAAGAUAAUCAACAACAGAAAGAAGAGUAUGAAGAGAAACUUAAUCAUAAUACCGUUGUGAUGAUGGAAAUGCAAGACAUGAUUCAGGACUUGCAACGUGAACUUGCUGCCUUGAAUGCCUCGUCAAAAGCAAUGUCCUCAAGAGCAUCCAUGUACGAGGUUGAUCAAACUAUCAUUUUCUCACGACUCGACUUUGAAAGGAAUCAGAAGUCUCUCAAAAGGGCCGUUAAGAGUGACAGGAUAACACCUGAAAAAUACAAUGAAGUAGUGCAUACAAUGGAUGAAUAUGUCAAGAUCCCAAAACAGAGAUUGGCUCAUCUGGUCAAGAAGUACACCCACCAUACCAACAUGAAAGCUAUUGAAGAAAAUGUUCGCAAGAGUGGACAGCUUGAUGAUGAGGUGUUCCGUCUCUUAGAGAGAAUGGAAGCUCUGCAAAGCAAAAGAGCUCAGCGUUGGGGUGAAGACAUGGAUAAGAUGGCAGAACAAAGGCUUAUGCUUGCCAACCUGCUAAUGGAAACAUUGAGUUUGAUAGAAGAAGAAUCUGGAAUAUUUAUGAUCAAACCUAUACUCUCUUGGAAAGGAAGAGGCUGGGUUCCAUCAUAUCCACGAAGGCCAACCAGUAGGAGCAAUCAAGAAAGGUCGUCUGUAAACAGGACUAUCACCCCUGCAAGGAACAGCACUCCGUUUAAUGUUGCCCCCGCGCCAACACCAGCAUCCUUCCACACUCUCAUGAAGUCAGCCCGACCGCAUUCACAGGCAAGUGAAAUGGACAACAGAUUGCAAGGUGAUUUUGGUGUACCUGAAAGCAACAAAAAUGUAUCAGUGAAGGGUGAAACAGUUUCGCUGGUGGGCGACAGCGUUCAACCAAUGUGGGCCAUGUCAUCAUCUGUACCAAGGCCAGUUGGAGAUUCAAGUAGCAACUUGUCUUUAAUACACACGCCAAAGAUACUGGAACUUGACGUCAAUAGAUUGUUGAUUGGUCAAAACACUUUCAGUGCGGCUACCAAAGCGUUGAUGAUGAGCAAUGACCGUUUGACAAAUGCAGCUAAUGGCAGUGUCCGAUCCUAUGUGAGCGUGCCAAGACUUGCGAAAAGCCAAUCAGGCGAAUUAAGACACAGUCGUCCUAAUUCUACAGGAGCAUCUAGUGAACGAAAAAAAGUAGCUAUUCCUGAACCAAAAUCUGUCACACCACCUGCAACUCCUACAUUUAAUGCAAGUACCAGAAUCAGCAACAGCCGCUUAUCUCCAGUCCAACCCCUUCCCCCGAUUAAAGUUCCAUCUGAUGCCGAGAGACAAAAAGCUAUUACUGAAGAAAUUGAAGAUGAACUUAAAAGGCCAACAACUACAGAAUCCAACCAAGCACAUUCAAAGGUUAUAACCUAUCCAUCACCGCCAGAAUCCCCACCGGGCUCAUCAGUCCCACACUCAGUAUCACAGUCCCCAUACAGUGUAUGUGAUAUCAUUGAAGAACCAAGAGCGCCCACUCCGGGACACGUGACUAGAGUAACAACGAGAUCUGUGUCUCAAUCUACUACACGUAGCAUCACACCUGAGGGGCUGACUGUAAAAAGCUAAACCGAAAGCAACUAACAGCUGAUGACAGGUACAAGGGUUGUAAUUUGUAACCUUUCUGUUAAAACACAAUCUAUAUUUAAUUUUUCCUUAAAGAUGUUUUAUCCCGUUAAAAAU